AUGGUGGAAAGUAAUGCUGCUGUUACUGACACAGAAUCUGAAGAGGAAGCAUUUGCUGAAGAACUAGAACGUUCCAUGACUGCUGAUGAGACUAGACGAUUAGCUGAAACUUGGCAACAACGCUAUUCUCAAGAAGGUGGAUUUUUAGACAAAAGUAAAUCAUCAUCAUCAUCAUCAUCUUCAUCACCAUCCGAAGGUUCAGAAACAGAAAUUGGAAGUGAUGACACAAGUGAGGAUAUUGAUAGUGAUGAAGAAUAUAGUUUUGAUGACAGUGCAGAAGAUGAUGACAGGGAAGCUGAGACACCUAUUGAAUCCAAAGAAGUUGUUGUUCAAGUACCAGUUAUUGAUUUGAAAAAUUGGAAAGGCCAAACAGAAGAUUCUUCUACAGAAGUUGAUACAAGUGACAUUACUGAUACAGAUUUAUCAAAAGAAGGUACUGACACAGAAACUGAAUCAGAUUCUGAUUCAGAACUAAAUAAACCAGCACCUCCACAACAGAUUCCAACAAUUGUCAUUGAAGAAUCUCCACCUCAAGAAGAGAGUGAAUUAGUAUGGGGAGAGGUAGCUAUUGAGGAAAAUAUUACUACUGUUAAAGAUGAUAAUUACAGCAAUAUAAUAGCAAAAGAUAAUAUAAACACAUUAUCCAAUCAAACAAAUCAAGAAUCUGUAUUAAUAUCUGAUGAAGAUGCAUCUCUUAUAGUAAAUAUAGGAGAUGCGGAACAAAUACUAUCAUCACCAUCUAGUACAGAUCGUUCUUCUCACAGAGAAUCUCCUUGUAAAGAUAAAAUAAUCAUGUCUGAUAAUCUAGUCGAAACAUUCGAAACUCUAGUCAAAACAUCUGUACAAUCAUCUGAAGUUGCAAAUCCUCCAGAUUCAGAACUUUAUCAUUUUGAAAAAGAAGUUAAAGAAAUAGAAAAAUCACUAUCACAAGAAGAUCUAAAUUUGAAAGAAAUAGCAUUAGAAAUAGUUGAAAACAUAGUAAGUGAGGCAAAAGAUAUUUUGAAUACAUCCAAAUAUAUUCAAACAGUUGUACCAAGUGAAAACAAAAAUAUAAUUUCAGAAAAAAUGAGUUCAGAAUUCGUAUUACCUUUAAAUAUUCCAGUUCAAACCAUAAAUUCUGAUAGAUAUAAAAUAGAUGAAAAUGAAAAGCCUACAGAUACAAAUGAAUUGAAAAAAGUGCCUUCUGAAAAAAUUAAAACUAAUGAAUCUGAUUCAGAACAAAUUCCACUAUUAUCCCCAUUAACAUUACCAUUACAGAAUGAAAAUGAUCUCAAUAAUUUAACUCUUGAGAUUAUGAAUACUCCAUCAGAUAGCAGUACCAGUAAUAGAACAAUCAGUAGUGAAAGUUAUAGUUCUGAUUUAUAUUCACAUAGUGAGCAAGUUGUAAAAGUAGGAACACCUGAUUUUGUAAAACUUGUGUCAUCAGAUGAUAGUGAAAUAAGUCCAGAAGAAAAACAAAUGAAAGAAGUCACAGAUAUUAUAACAGAUAAUAGAAUUCCAGAAGAAAAUUCAAAUGUUGAUUUUAAUUAUAAUCCAUCUUUUAUAACUCUUAGAGAUAAGACAAAAAGAAAAAAUGAUAGUGAAGAUAUUUACUCUUGGGAUAGUGAUAACAGUGAUUUACCUUUACCAUGGUAUGUUAAUAGUUUAGAAGAAGCUGGCUCAGAUAAUUUAUCUCAGAUUCAGGGUGUUUAUAGAGCAGAUGUAAUACAAUGUGUUGAUAACACAAGCAAUGCAGAUGAUGAUUACAAUCAAGAUUAUAAUUCAUCUACAGUAAUAAAUGAAGUACAAACUACGGAAGAAAAGUUACAAAAUAUUGAACCCAACAUUGCACCAACAAACUUUAAAGAAACUGAACAGAGUAAAAUAAUUGAUAAAGAAAAAAUAUUAUCAAAUUCUACAGAAAAGUUUGGAAAAUUUCAUGGGUAUAGUGGAAGCUUUGCAGAAAAAAUUCGUCCUAAAAGUUUUGUUGGAGAUUCUAUAUAUUUAAAAUCUUUAAAUAUUAAUUUACAAAAAUUAGACUUUCCAUCUGUUACAAGAAGUUUGGAAAAACUGAAUAUUAAUCAAAAAUGUAAUUUAUCUGAAACUUCUUUAGAAGAUGAUAAAAUGUUGAAAAAUAGAAAUUCUAAUGAAAAUUAUUUUUCAUCUGAAAGUAAAUCUAGUGAUAAUUUAGUUAUUGAAAAUGAUAAAUCUGUAACACCUGUUAUGGUAAGAUUUGCAAGUUCCACACCAAUUAACAAUUUAAAAAAUGAUUCUGAAGAUUUGAUUACAGUAACUAAUUCAGACCAACAAAAACAAGAUAGUGGGAAAAAUAAACAGAAUUGGAGGAUACCAAAUUAUACAGCUGAAUCUGUACAGGCUGUACAUUCCAGAGUAAAGGACCAAAAUAAAUCAACACUUCAAAAGAGAUUUAGGAAAAGUAUUCAUGAAGAUAUUGAAGGGGUACCAUUUGCUGAUGAUAAGGAGAAUUCUGAUAUAGCUUCAAUUAGAUCUGCUACACCACCUGAAUUUUUUACGCCAGUUGAUACAUCUAAAGGUAUUCGUGAACAAUGCACAGCAGAUUUAGAGAAAGCAAGGAAGGAAGCAAGAGAACGUGCCAGAUUAAAAAGUGAUGAAGAACUUGGUUUAAGUCCAUAUAAUUAUAGAAAACGAUAUCAUAAGCACCCUCCUUCAAUUAAUUCUUUUCAAUAUGAAGAAUUAUUACAGGAUAAUAUUCUUGAUAGUGAUGAUGAUGAUGGAGAAGAUGAUUAUUUUGAAGAAACUCAACAUGAACCAACUAUAUCAUUCCAUACUGAAGGUGAUACUCUUAAAUCUUUGUCUGUUGUUAAUUCAAAGGACAAUGGAAUCACUAACUUAAAAAUUAGUCCAAUGUCUUCAUCAGAAGAAGGAACUGGCAGCAAUCCUUCACAAACUAACAGUAGUUCAAUAGUAUGUGAUGAUAUUUUAAGUCCAUCAGUUGAUACAGUAUCAUCAGAUAAAAAUACAACCACUGCAUCAUCGACAUCAAGAACAGAUGCAGCUAAUUACUUAGAGUCUUCCCUUUCUAUUGAUGAAAUUGAUAUUAAACUUUCACCAGAAUAUGUUACUAAAACGUAUGAAAUGCAAAAGUCUCCUCCAGUUUUGCAAAAUUCUUCAGAAACUAGUCCAGAAAUACUAGAUAAUUCUCUGAAUGAAACAAAAAAAAUUAAAUAUAAGCAGAAAUUAUUCAGUCCUGGAGAUGUAGAUGAAAGAGGCAAAAAUGGUGCAAAAAAAUCAUUAUUUUCCUUACUUAAUUUUACUAAAAAUGGAAAUAACAAAGACAAAAGCAAAAUUAAGUCCAAAGAUAAUUCCAAAGAAACGUCAUCACUCAUUACAGACUACUCCAAGACACCACCCAAAUUAAGAUCAUUUCCACAUUUGAAACUACCACGUUCCAAAGAAAGAAAUAGGGAAAAACAAAGAAAAAAAUAUCAGGCAUUGGAUAAAGUUGAAAAUGAAGCAUUUCCCAACCUAUUUGUCUUUCCUUCAGUUUCAAUAAGCAGUCAACAUGCCAAAUCUAACAAAUUGGAAAAUGUGAGAAAGUCUUUGGAGAAGCUGACUAUGAAAUCAUCACCAGCCAUAAAUCAGCCCAUUAAUCUGUUAAAAGUAGAAAAUGGAGUAGCACCAAAGGCAUCUGAAGACAGUGUUCAAAUACAAGAUACUUAUGGGAACUGA